AUGUCGUCUCCAAAACACCUCACCGACAAGCUCUCCACCGCCGUCAAAGCCGGCGACCUAUACCUCAUAAACUCGCUCUACACCCAGCUCGCCUCCCCCCGUUCGUCCCUCGACGAGAUAGCCCAGCAAGCAGCCCAGCACGCCCAGCCACUGAUCCUAGAAUGGUGUUUCCAUCAAGGCCUCACUCUUCCCACUGACUCCAUGAACAACCCCUUCUACCACGCCGCAAUCAGCAGCAGAUGCCCCCUCAUCUUCAGCGUCCUGCUGCACCACGGCUUCGACCUGAACGCGCACUGGAGCGAAUAUCUCGGCGACGCUCUAGUCGUGGCGUGCAUGCAUGGCGACACCCCGUUUCUCCGCUUCUUGCUCGACAAGGGCCAGGAUCCCAAUCUGGGCCGCGGCUGCGGCGAGUACGAAGCCUUGACCUGGGCGAUCGUUGGCGACGAGUUGGACCAAGCUACCAGGAUGGAGGUCGUGGGGCUGAUGCUGGAGCAUGGCGCUAGGCUGGAAGGGACGGGUGCUGCGAUUGCUGCUGCCGAGACGGGGAAUCUGCAGGUCUUGGAGAUGUUGUUGGAGAGGGGAGGACCGGAGUUGUUGGAGGAGAAGGCGAUUUGGUGGGGCGUUAAUGGUCGUGAGUCGAUCGACUCCGAGGGGACGCCGCUUUAUCGAGCUUGUAGGGCUGGACAGAAGGAGGCUGUGGAGUUUUUGCUGGCUAGGGGUGCGGAUGGAAGAUCUAGAGAUAGGAUUGGGAGAUCUUGCUUAGACGUGGCAAGGGCAGGUAGAUACGAUAAUGUAGUGAAGCUACUUAAAGACAGAGGACUCCAAGAGUGA